UUAAAUCAUCCGUAUCGGCUUGAUAAUCAUGGGCUUAUUAAACCAACCUCUACAAAUUCACCUCUAAAUGAAGACAAAAGAAGAAAUCUCUUCAAAAGGGUCGUCGAUGGAUCAUCCAAGUGUCGCGACUGUCACAGCGUUUGUUUAAACUCAAAUGGGUCUCGAAAGAAUAGCACAGAGGAAGGAAGUCAGCUGGAAAAGAUUGUUUGUGUGAAAGGUCGAGUUGUACCUCCCGGUUCACCAGGCCCUCCCGGUCCACCAGGCCCUCCCGGCCCACCAGGCUCUCCCGGCUCACCUGGCCGUACUGGCCCACGAGGAAGGAAAGGAAGUAAAGGAAGUAAAGGUUCAACCGGUCCCCAGGGAAAGCGAGGUAGGAGAGGACUUCCGGGACCCCCUGGGGCUGCAGCAAACCGUACCGAAGGAUAUCAUUUCGAAAAACCGCAUUUCAUCUCAAAACCUUCUUCCUCCGCGGUGACAGUCAGGGAGAAACAACACGUCAUAUUACCGUGUAAAGCAGCUGGGUUCCCGCAGCCGGUAAUCACGUGGUAUAAGAAUAGUCUCGUGAUAGGAGAAAAACAACUAGUGAAGACAGGCCAUCUGGAGUUUAAGGAAAUCCAGUUUGAAGACCGCGGUAUGUACACUUGUACAGCGGAGAACCUGUUUGGCAGAGAUCAGUUAUCAGUUAACGUGACUGUAGAAGUACCAGCAAAAUUUGUAACGAAACCAGAGAAAAUUGUGACUGUUUACAAAUCGAGGGACAUCCUUAUCAAAUGUGACAUUUUUGGUUAUCCCACCCCUGAGGUAAAAUGGAGAAGAUCACCCAAGAACCUUUCCGUGGACCGACAUGUUCUCUCUGGUAACAAGCUAACGAUUAAAAAGGCAACAGAGGAAGAUAAAGGUGUUUACACGUGCUGGGGAAUUCAACAGUUGGACCGUGAAAAAAUCAUCACAAAUGCAGAAUUUAUAAUGAUCGACGUUGAAGACGUAGUGAAUCCAUACAUUGUUUCAAGUCCUCCCAGUGAAAUUCGAGUGCAGAGUAUCGGUGAUUCAGUCAAUUUAGCUUGCUCUGCUGGUAGCGCUCCUCUGCCUGAUGGCAAGUGGUUCAAGGACGGGCGACCUGUUGUUCCGACAGCAAUACGUCAAGAACAAAAGUUAACAACGAGUAAACUUGUCAUUGAUCAGUUCAAAGCAAGUGACUCUGGGAUCUACACAUGUUUAUUCCACAAUGACAAGAAUAGGACAGUGGAAGCUGAUACGAAUCUAAUUUUAGUGAAUUGUGGUGAUCCUGGUGCUCCAAUUAAUGGACAAAAACUUGGAUCAAGUUACUGGACUGGUGAAUCUGUGACGUUCAUUUGUCAUCCGGGAUACCGCUUGAUUGGACCGGCCGUUAGAAUGUGUUUGCCGUCUGGUUACUGGAGUGGUGUACAACCUUCAUGUAUCUCUGGGAAACACCCCCCAGCGCAACCACCUAUUGGAGAUUUGUCCAGCAGGGUUGUUCACCUGGAAAAAAUACAUGGCAUUUUUCCAUCCCGUGCCUCGCAUAUACUUCCAACAGACCCACCAGUACAACCAAUCCCACCAGUCCCACCAAUCCGACCCAGACCAAUCACAUCAGAUCCAACAAACUACGCGCUACGAUUCCCGGGAACAACUAGUGAUUACGUCAUCAAGCGUGGCAUGAAAAACCUCAAAGCCGUGACUUUCUGUGUGUGGAUGAGAAGUAGUGAAGGCGGAAAUGGAGGGGCACUGCUAAGCUACGCUGUGCCUGGAAGUGACAACGAGCUGGUUUUAGAUCGUCACGGCAACAUUAUCGUAUUUGUGGGAGGCGGUUUCAGGAGAACUUAUAAAUCUGCAAGUGACGGGAAAUGGCACCACAUCUGCGUAACAUGGGAGAACACCGCUGGAAGAUGGCAUUUGUUCAAAGAUGGCAAGUCUGUGGCUUCUGGUAGUGAUCUUAAAAAAGGCCACGUGAUCCGUGGCGGUGGAACCCUGGUACUAGACCUGGAGCAAGACUCAGUGGGAGGGUCCUUUCAAACUUAUGAAAGUUUUUAUGGUGAAAUGACAGGUGUCAACGUCUGGGAUCGCGUGAUACCUCGCCAAGAGAUUUCACGCUUGUCAAAAUCCUGCCGGACUGGAACGGGAAACAUUUUCAAGUGGAGCGACUUUAAAACUCAUGUGAAAGGCUCUGUGCAGAUAAUUCAGCGAUCAUGCCGGUAGCUGGUUAAAACUUCCAGAAAGAUGUUAGUUCUGGCACGUAGUUACAUAUGAUAUAAGCUUUCUGAAGCAUUUAUCAUUAAAGAAAAGCGUAAAAAAA